UUUCGGCACAGUUCACAGCUGGUAGAGCUCCUAACAACUCAUCUCGCAGCCAUGAAGGUCCUGAUCGUUUUGAGCGCCGUCCUGGCCGCUGCCGUCGCCGCCCCCAAGCCCGGCUACCUGGGCGCCGUCCACGGCGUCGUCGCCGCCCACGGCGUCGUCGCCGCCUCGCCCGCUGUGGUCGCCGCCCCAGCAGUGAUCGCCGCCCACGCCGUGCACCCCGGCUACGCCGCCUACGGCCCCGCCCCCGUGGCUGUGGGACCCGGCGGCUACCUGGCCGACACCCACGACGUGGCCGCCGCCAGAGCCGCCCACCUGACCGCCGUCGCCCAGACGCAGGCCCGCGACGCCCACAUCAACGGCGCCGCCGCACACGCCGCCCUUGCAGCUCCCGCUCUGCUCGGAGCGCACGGACUGGCAUACGGACACGGCCUGGCUUACGGUCACGGUCUGGCUUAUGGACACGCUUAUCAUGGUUGAUGGGUUGCAAGGACACCAGCUGUUAUGUUUUUAAUUUGAAUUAUUUAUAAAUAAAAAGUAGUAAGCAACA